UUGGCCGAAUUGGAAGCGCUGUUCCAACGGACCCAUUAUCCCGAUGUGUUUCUUCGGGAGACAAUUGCCUCCAAAAUCAGUUUAUCGGAGUCGAGGAUUCAGGUGUGGUUCCAGAACCGAAGGCAAGUCCAAGAAGCUAAAUGGCGUAAACAGACUCGACUCCAGAUCAUACACCAAACGCAGCCCCAGAAUCAGUGGCGUUGGAACGGCUCAGCGGUCACGUCGUCGAUGGCCGCCACAGUCGGUCUGCCAUCGAUUGUCACCGCAAACGGAUCGGCCAUC